GCGGCCAGGGGCCCGCCCGCGGGUCUCCGUGAGCCGCCGGCGGCGCCGCCGAGAGCUGCAAGCGCCGACUGCCCGGGGCUUCCCGGCGCGGAGACAUGACCCUCCGCCGGCUCAGGAAGCUGCAGCAGAAAGAGGAGGCGGCGGCAGCCCCGGACCCCGGCGCCCGGGCCCCCGCCGCGACGCCGGCCUCGGGUCCCCCUGCUGCCGCCGCCAGCCCUGGGCCGCCCGCGGAAGAGCUGUACGCGGCGCUGGAGGACUACCACCCCGCCGAGCUGUACCGCGCGCUCGCCGUGUCCGGGGGUACCCUGCCCCGCCGUAAGGGCUCAGGAUUCCACUGGAAGACUCUCACCCAGAGUCCCGAACAACAUCGGAAAGUGCUGACUUUGGAAAAGGAGGAUAACCAGACCUUCGGCUUCGAGAUCCAGACCUAUGGACUUCACCAUCGGGAGGAGCAGCGCGUGGAGAUGGUGACGUUUGUCUGCCGAGUGCAUGAGGCCAGCCCCGCCCAGCUGGCUGGGCUCACACCAGGAGACACCAUCGCCAGCGUCAACGGGCUGAACGUGGAAGGUGUCCGGCACCGAGAGAUUGUUGACAUCAUCAAGGCAUCUGGCAAUGUCCUCAGACUGGAGACGCUAUACGGAACAUCCAUUCGGAAGGCAGAGCUGGAGGCUCGGCUGCAGUACCUGAAGCAAACCCUGUAUGAGAAGUGGGGGGAAUACAGGUCCCUAAUGGUGCAGGAACAGCGGCUGGUGCACGGCCUCGUGGUGAAAGACCCGAGUAUCUACGACACGCUGGAGUCGGUGCGUUCCUGCCUCUACGGGGCCGGCCUGCUCCCGGGUUCGCUGCCCUUCGGGCCUCUGCUGGCUGCCCCCGGGGGUCCCCGCGGGGGCGCCCGGCGGGCCGGGGGCGACGCCGCCGACGACACGGUCUACCACACGUGCUUCUUCGGGGGCGCAGAGCCGCCAGCGCCACCCCCGCCACCGCCGCCUCCUGCCCGUUCGCUCGGCCCCAGCCCCACCGAAGCCCCAGCCUCAGGGCCGGGUCCGGGGCCGCGGGCCGCGCUCAGCCGCAGCGCCAGCGUGCGGUGCGCGGGCCCGGGAGGCGGCGGGGGCGCGCCCGGCGCGCUCUGGACUGAGGUCCGGGAGCAGGCUCUGUGCGGCCCCGGCCUGCGCAAGACCAAGUACCGUAGCUUUCGUCGGCGGCUGCUCAAGUUCAUCCCCGGACUCAACCGCUCCCUGGAGGAGGAAGAGAGCCAGUUGUAGGGGUGGGCGGGCCGUUGGGGGAGGUAUUUAUUUAUUUAUUCUUUCCUAACAGGCAGGCCGAGGGGGGGGGAGGCGGGCCAAGAGGACCCCAGGAUCCCAGAGCAGCCUGAGAGCGUCCGCCCAGGAGGCCCCGGAAGGAGCCAAGGGCAGGGAGAGAGUAGGCGUCGGGGUUGGGAGAGGUUUGGGGGUGCCCAUUUUGCCAUCUGUAGUCUGGGUCAGUAGUGCCUUGUGGGGUAUCCACCGGGGUGGGGUCCCUGUCCCACGAAGCCCUCUCCUCAGCUUUACUUGCUCUCCGCCCCCACCCUCAGCAGUGGGGAGAAGCGGCCCUCCUAACCCCCUCUCCCCGCCAUGACUCGGGGCCCACCCUCCUUGUGCCACGCACACAGCUGCUGCCACCCCGCGGGUCUGCAGGGGGCGUCCGGUGCUGGUCCCCGCCCCCUCUCCCCAGCCUGGCCUGGACUCACCCCAAGGGCUCAGCCCCCGCCAGGGGCCUGUGUAAACUAAGAGGGGACGUUCGUGGGGGCCCCUGGGCAUACGGGUGUCGAGGUGGGGUGGGGGCAGCGCAGACUGUUGCAGCGUUUUAUUGUUCCUUCUGAACCGCAAACUGUAUAAAAUUGACGGGUUUUUGCA